GUAUCUCAUCUGGUGUUCGAUUAUAACCAGCUGAAAAAUCGAAUGUAUUCUUUUUUUUUGGUGUCUCAUAUGAUGUUCGAUACACGCAUUAGAGUCGGAAUGUACUUACCUCCAAAAAUGAAUCUUGAAAUACACAAAUUAAAAUAUAAUCGAACUCAAAUACAAGUGUCAACCACCAGCUGAAAAAUCGAACGUAUUCUUUUUUUUUUUUUGGGUAUCUCAUCUGGUGUUCGAUUAUAACCAGCUGAAAAAUCGAAUGUAUUCUUUUUUUUGGGGGGUGUCUCAUAUAAUGUUCGAUACACACAUUAGAGUCGAAAUGUAUUUACCUUAGAAGUGCUACCUCCAAAAAUGAAUCUUGAAAUACAAAAAUAAAAUAUAAUCGAACUCAAAUACGAGUGUCAAAUGCCAACUAAAAAAUCAAAUGUAUUCUUUUUUAUUUUUUAUAUCUCAUCUGAUGUUCGAUAUUCGCACUGUAUUUACCUAACCCUCUUUGGCACAAUAAAAUUCCUCUAUUUAAUACCACCCCCAUCCAACAUUAUAUACUCAAAUAUCUCUCUCUCUCUAUACUCAACAAAGAUCCAAGAAGAAAAAAACAUGAAAGAUAAAAUAGUGAAAAAUCCAUCCAUGGAAGAAAAUCAACUUGUUGAAUUCAAAGAAGCCAUCACUUUAUUUGACAAAAAUGGAGAUGGUUGCAUUACAAUUGAAGAAUUGGCAACAGUAAUAAGGUCAUUGGAUCAAAAUCCAACAGAGGAAGAAUUAUACAAUAUGAUUAGUGAAGUUGAUAAUGAUCAUGAUAAUGGUAUCAUGGAAUUCAAUGAAUUCUUAAAUCUCAUCUCCAAGAAAAUGAAGGAGACUGAUACAGACGAAGAACUUAAAGAAGUUUUUAAGGUGUUCGAUAAAGAUCAAAAUGGUUACAUUUCAGCUACGGACCUAAGGCAUGUGAUGAUUAAUUUAGGUGAAAAAUUAACAGAUGAAGAGGCUGAAAUGAUGAUUAAAGAAGCAGAUUUAGAUGGAGAUGGUCAAGUUAAUUUUGAUGAAUUUGUUAAAAUGAUGAAAGUUUAAUAUAAUUUUUAUUUUUUUAUUCAUAUAAUUUAUUUUAUUUAGUAAGUCUAUCAUUUUAUUAUUUGUUAAUUACAUCAAUGUUAUAUAGCCAAAGA